AUGCUUCUUUCUGUUCUGAACAGGAUCCACAAUCCAUUUUGUGCGGCCGGGAUUCUGGCCGCGAUGAACUUCAAAGCUAUUGCACGUCGGGCUAUGUUCACCGGAAGCGCGUCCUAUCUCGACAUCUUCAUCCUCGCACCUGGCAUCCAUGUACAACAGAUGGCUUCCGAAAUCAAUGUUGGCGAGCAUCCCAGAGCCUGCGAUAUGUCUUCCGGCUACGUCUUUCUCAUUCAAAAUCCGGCAACCAUCAGCUUCCUACUACGCAUUAGCAAGACAGGAUUCCUAACGAAGGUCCAUGUAUCCCCUCCCCUCCCCCAUCGCACUACCUUCGGUGCAGAUUCAUUCGAUCUCGUGCUCUACAUCGGCUGCGCAUCCCUCACCAUCGGCACCAUCGGCAUACUGGCUGCAAUUGCAGACUGGUGGGCUCUCACUGCUGUCUUCGCCCUUAUGGCUGCACGGCUGCUCAACAUCAUUGUCGUCAAACGGCGGGCUGUGCUGGGGUGGAAGGGCGCCUUCGAGAGUGGCGAUGCCGACCUCUUCGUCAUCCUCUCCCGCGAUCGCUGGGUUCGGAUUCAAGGAGCUAUGAACGACGUCAAGAAUGUAACCGCUGGGAGCUGGUUGCAGAAGAUGAGCGACGAAGAGAGCUGUGCGACGGUCGUAGCCACUCUUUUUGUGUACCUCUCCACCAUCCUCGCGUUCAACGCGUCCAUUUUCGGCAGCCUCCUCCUGGUGGCCAUGAUUAUCUCUGCCCUCGGCCUUCUAGGCCUAGCAAACACCAUGACGAGAGACCUCCACAUGUUUCGUCAUGUCGUCCGCGUGGCUGAAGAGCCUAAGAUACGCCCCGGAUCGCGGUUCGACGUUGUGCAGCAGCUUGUUCUGGAAUGUGCGAGCGACACGUGGGCCAUUGCGUUGGGCCUAGUCCCACCGCGU